AUGGCUUGCUACAAAAUCCAAAGAGAUGACUACGGGAGGUAUGUGGACGAAACACCGUUCUUGGCAUACACAUCCAUGACGCUUAUUAUGACCAUCAUUUCUGUCUUUUCGAUGCCAUCGCUGUUCAUAUACAGCUUUAUUCCGAUGUUCAUGGCUGUAGCCAUUAGAUCCCCAGCCCAGGGCCGCGCUGUGCUUCUUGUGAUAGGAUGUAUGCUGGGCCUAAUGGUACCGGCUUAUUUGAAAAAGUGA